GGAGGCGUCGGUCCUGUCGUUUGUGUCCUUCUUGAGUCCUAGUCUUUCGCGCCUUGCCUUUACUCAUUCGAGAACGAACUCGCCCUGCCAUUUAACCGAGGGACAACGAGGCAACUGUCGUCGGCACGUGUUUCAACUACCUUGUGAGGUGCAGUUCGUGCAACCAAGUGACCGUGGCACUGCCCUGAGGGACAGCGCAGCAACUGUCGCUGCAGCGUCGCUUCGGCAUCUAAUCGUCGCGGUGGGAGUGUUUAGCUUGCGAGGGCGGCGCGGCCAUUAACUUCAUCAAAACUGAUUGACAACAUUGGCAAGUUAUGUGCCGCUAACUGUAGUGCUUAAUUAGGCACGAGCUCCCUUGGACGGCCGCAGCCACAUCGGGUCGUCGCCGUGACGGAAUCUGAGAGGACGGGGUGGGGCCAUUGUAGCUUCACGCUUAGCUAACACUAGGCAGGCAGGUAGCUGACACUGCGCAGGCCACAGCUGGCAGGGGUCCACUCUCUCGUUUGCGACACGGCCAUCUGCCCGUUCCGAGUGCUAUCGCUUCCCGGUCACAAUUUCGCGUCCACGCGCGCGAAAGGGCGCGAUAUGUCGAAUCACUGAAGUCCGUGGCAUCCGGAAUUAGCGUCAGGCUAACCAGCGGCGUAUUACUUCCAGUUCAUCUGGCUACGCUGAAGCACGGAUGUUGCCUUCGCUCCGCAGCGAAGUGCGUUACGGCCAGAGUACAUAGCCACUUUUUUUUCUAUUCUUUGUGCCACGCUGUGUUUUUGUCGCUCGACACGCGGACCAUGUUUACCAAGGUAAUCUACCACGGCUCGUGCGAUGACGCUUGUCAUGUUUCAGGUACGCACCCUAGGCCUCCUCUUCUGGCCCAUCCCAGCAACGUCCCCGCACCCAAUCGUGUCCCAGACGCACGACGUUCAGUGCCUGUCGUCCCACCGUCUGUGCACUUCUCCUCCAGCCAAACAGCUACUGGUUUCCUGGCGAAUGAAGAAAUCUGCACGACCCACCUUGCAGUACGUCGACUGCGCUUCCACAGCCUUGGCCAUCAGUCACGUGCGGCGGAUUUUCCCUGCACCCUGCUGUGUGCCAGACUCGUGGCGUUCAACACGUGCCGUUCCACCGUUCGUACACUUCUCCUCCAGCCACACAGCUACUGGCUUCCUGGCGAAUGGAGAAACCUGCACGACCCGCUCUGCAUCGGCAAUCCUUGUCUUGACAUCCGCAGCCCGUCAAGAUCUGUCCAGCCUGCGUAGUAGGCGAUGAGAUAUGGUGCUCACCUUAGUGCGGCAAGCCCUGCUCUCGCGAGAGUUCAUCACAUUACUACGCUCGAUGAUUUUGAGCUGCAGGAAAAGUCCAUCUCUGCGUGCUCCGUGCUGCCUCGACGACGCUGUACAUCUGCGGAUUCAUGACGCCAACACCGACCACGACAUCCCUGCGAGAGUUCUUUCCGCCCGGUAACUGCAUCAUGGCCGUUAGAUAAAGACUCGCAUUGAGAGUACGCGACUGUUUGACGAUCGGACCAAAACAAUUCCACGUAACAUGCUGGCUCAUCUGUGGUACACUGCUCAGUCAAUCUGGGGAUUGAUGCACAUUAAUUCACAAUCUGUGCUCUCGUAACGGUACGCUGAUGCUGGUUCGCAUUGCGAAGUUGCGCGCGCGUAUGUGUUUGUAUGAGCAUGCGUGUGUGUGUCGCUGCAUGUAUGUUGUUGCUUGUCUAUUUGUUGUACGCGCAUGCGACUUCACUCAUUUCAUCCGGUUGUUGGCAUCAUUUUCGUUGGAUGCAUUCUCACUUCUUCAAUGACAUUAUUGUUGGCUGGCCUCGUUUAGUUGGUGAAUCCCUCCAGAAAGCUCGUUGAUGGUUCCGCAGUGAUGGCCGCGGAUCUUUUCGGAAACCCUUCCAACUUUGACUCUGGGCGUUCACCUUGUUUGAAAGGCGUCCACUCAUGUAUUCGUCUAUGGCCCUUGCUUUGUCAACUUGUUUUCUGAUCCAAGGGGUCUCUGUUUGUAUAUUUUCUUAUCCACACCUUCCUUGUUUAUCAAGCCAUUCAUCAUGGCUAAUGCGAAGCAUCUGCAUGCCAUUGCAAAAAUCAUCCAGUGUGAAUUAAAGGCAAUAAAACAUUUACGUCAGCUUGUAAGGGUCAUGGUUAUGGGCUUUUCCUACGAAAACUAGUGCUGGCAUGGCACCAAGUUUAUUUUUUAAAAGCUGUCAUUAUUCAUAGCGGUAAAGCUGCGUACCACUACACAGCCAAGUAAAGCAGAUCCUGAGCCUCCCUUCAGCAAGAUUGGACAUUUAUCGGACACCACCACCACACAUGCCUGUGGUGUUGUCUUGAUCAGACUGUUUCAUCACCAGCCCUUUGUCCUUCAGUGUUCACUGCCCUGUGUUAACUUACCUGCUUGCAUCCACUUGUCCUUUCCUAUAACAUGUACUUGCUGUACAAUGUUCACUGGAACCUAAUAAAAUGGCGAAGGUGU